UGUACAAAUCGACUUUGCACGAAGAAUAGAUCGUUGACUGGAUUACUACCAUACACCCGCCAGUUAUCCAAUAAACCCUGCCACCGAAAAUAUGGCAAAUUUCGCGAAAGAACAGCUCUUGAAGUAUGGAUGGACUGAAGGUAAAGGUCUUGGCAAACAUGAGAGCGGCAUCCGAGAAGCUAUAAAACCAAAAUUAAAGUUCGACAACGCAGGGAUAGGCCAUGAUACAAGUGAGGACUUCACCUAUCACUGGUGGGAGAACGUAUUCAAUGAAGCUAGUAAAAAUAUAUCAGUCAACACUGACGAUCGUGGAGUUUCAAUGAAAGUUUUGGACGAAGAUACGCUAGAAAUAACCACAAAGAAAUCAAGUGUCCGGAGUUUAAAAAAGCACCAUAAACUGCAGUAUGGUAGUUUCCUAAAAACUUCAACGCUUUUAAACGAUGGAAAAGUGAUCGAUGAUUGCAGUGAAAAAGAAAAGCAGUCUAUUAUUCCUGAACAGAAAAUAGAAUAUGCUCAAUUAACAGAUGAUGCUUUAUUCAGAGCUUGCGGACGGAGAACGGCGCACAAAGGUGCGAGGCACGGAUUAAACUUAAAUGGUAAACUUGCGCGAAUCGCUGAACAGGAAAAACAGCUACUUGCAGAAAUGAGUAGGUCGGAUAAAUUGGGCUCUGGUUCUAAUUUACAAGGAAAGGAACCAACCAACAACUUCGAAUUGGUGAAAUCAAGGAAGAGGACAAAAAGUAAAAGAAAAGUGAUGAAAACUGACAAUGAGUCUACAUCGGAUGUUCAAGGAACACUACCUGACACACUUGUGGAUGAAACAAAUCCACAGCCAAGCUGUUCAUAUACAGUUAAUGCCAAUGCGGAAGACAAUUUGGAUGCCCUUAGACCAAAGCAGAGGACAAAAAAGAGCAAGAAAAACAAUGGUAAUUCAACCAUUUAUCAAAAUGGGUUGAGCCAAUCUAUUUUGGAUGACAAUGCUAACACUAUUGAGCAUGACGAGGAUGUUGUGAUACCAUCACUAGUUCAGCACGUGACAAGGCACCUGAAAUCCAAAAAGAGUAGGAGAAAAGACAAAAGAAGAAUAAACAACUUAACUGAGCAGCUGGAUACUACCUGCGUGAUCGACGAAUCCGCGCAAAUUUCUAAGAAACGUAAGAGGAUUGAGAGUCAGCAAAUUGUCAAUGAUAUUUUAACAACUGCUAUCGACAGCUGUGGUCCGUCUCCCCAAAAAUUUAAAAAAUCAUCAACUGAUGCAGAUUAUAUACACGAAGCAGACAAAUUAAAUACCAGAAUCAGCAAGAAAAAAGCUCAAAAGCACAAGAAAAAACAGAGAGACAAAGUAGAUGGUAUAACUGAAGAAUUACUUUCAGUUAAUUUGGAUGAAAGAUCUAAUAAAUAAUUAAAUAAGUAAUACUGCAGCCAACUAGCGUUUGGAUAAAAGUUAACAACCCCUUGUUUACUCGGACUGAUCAAUCCGUGGUGGAGGGUGCAGGAUUAUGGACGUUCCUUUCACCGACAAUAAACAAUGUAGUUGUUAGCAAGUAAAAUCAUAUCCGAUCAAGUGACCGUCGGAGUGAAAUUUCCAAUUUCUCUUUGACUUUUCUUGAAAAAUUGCUCUCAGUUAUAUUAUAUCAACGUAAGUAAAUAGUUCUUACAUAUUUACAAUGCAUGAAACUGAAUAGAAGUAUAACAUUAAAGCAAUCUGAUGAAUAAAUUUCAUGACUGAA